AUGGCGGUGGAUGAUGUAUUGGCAGACCUGACGCCGGAGUCGCUCGCGGUGGUGGAGAAAAUCGGCGCGGAGGUCGUCGCGCGUCGGCUCGAAUUGCACGACGACUUCGCCGAUUUUGAUCGCCUGCGUUCGCGCGGGAUCACGCCGGAGCAGUUCACGCGCGUUCUCACCCUCCACCGCAUCGCCCUCACCCCGGAGGAGCGGGAGGCGUUGAUUCGGCAAUUCGGAUGGGCGGCGCCGACGAGUGGGCGGGUGGGGGCUGCCGCCGGGCGCCCCCCCUCGCGCGAUUCCUCGCCGCUUCCCCCCUCCGCCUCUUCGUCCGCGGGCGUGCCGGUUUACGUGAAUUACGAGGCCUUUCUCCGCUCGUUAAAAGGAUGCCUCGCGAGGGCGAAAUCCGCGGCGGGGAUCCCGCGCGGCGCGCCGUGGACGGGCGAAACGGACCCCCCCGCCCCCCUCCCCUUUCCGGAGGCCACCGAGGAGGCCGCGCAGCUGAACGCGGUGCUGCAUCGCCUGCGGGAGGUCGCGCGAUCGCGUGGGUUGCAUCUCGUGAAGGCCUUCACCGGGAUGGAUCCGCUUCGUAGUGGAAAAGUGACGACCUCGCAAUUCACUCGGUGUGUGGAGAACGUCUUCCCGCAACACCUCGGGCUCCUCCUCGCACCCUUUUCCACCGCCUCGAAAAGAGGAGGGAAUGCACCCCCCACGGCGGCUGGAAACGAAACGGAAAGAGGGGAUGGAAGCGGAAAGGAUGGGAAGGGGAACGCCGCGAACGGGUGGGAAAUCCCUUCUGGGAAGCCGCGGACGAUGCUCGAUUUGCUGCUUCGCGCCUACGGGGAUGGGAAUGGGAAGGUGCGGUACCUCGCAUGGUGCCGUGCGGUGGAAGGGGGGGGAAGGAAGGGCCGGGGACGACCUCGACGGCCCCGUUGGAGGCUGACCUCGCCGCCCCGUCCGGCGUCCGCAAUCCCCAUCUUUCCGCGGACGAGUUGGUGGGGAUUAUUCGCGCGCAAUUCGCGCUUUAUCGGCUUCGCGGGGAGGAUCACUUCGCCGAUUUCGAUCCCUUCAAAACCGGCGUGGUCACGGCGCCGCAGUUCGAGAGCGCGCUCGGGCGGUUGGACUUUGUGA